GCUUAAGAAGGAACCUCAGAAAGGUGCAGCCAUUUCAGUAGCAAGAGGUGAGUCACAACAGAAGAUCAUUGUGACCUCUCAAAAGCUAGGAAGUUCGAAAGGAGCCAUCCGAAAAGUUACAGAGGAAAAGGCCAAACAGGACCCAUUGGACAGUAAAAAUGAGACACGAAAAGAUCAAACAAAUUCAAAAAGCAAAACACUGGAAGAGAAAGAAAAGAUUGAGAUCAAACCUAACUUAAAGAGAGGGGUACCGAGCAGCAAAGCGAGCAUCUCACAUGCACCUAACUCCAUGCUUGGGCGAAAGGAUAAAAAGGGCUCUGAGAACUAUAUAAACGAUACUCAGCAUUUACAAGGAAAUUCCAUCCCAGUUAAAGACGAAAACCGUCACAGGUCUUUCUCUAACAAGAUAAUGGCAAAUCAUCGGGAAAAAUCUGACAAACUCGAAGGAAGAGACAAUGCGACAAAUGGCCCAGUAAAAACACGUGUAACGCAAGGUCCAGGAAAUGGCGUAACACAUGCUUCAGGAAGUGGCGUGACGCGUGAUUCAGGAGGCGGCUCAAAAGAUUAUCCGGGAAGAAGCGUGACACGCGAUUCAACUGUUGAUACAAGACAUGAUCCUGGAAGUGGCUCCAUUCGAGAUCCAAACCCCACAUCAUCAGAUCUACUGACCAAGGCAACUAAACGCCAUCAUUCAAAGCAUGUUUCUGAUAAUGAAAUAGUCAAACAUAAAGUAUCCCAUUCUCCUCAACAAGUGAUUGACGCCCAAUACAAGCAACUUAGUAAGCUAAAGCCAAUGUCAAAGCAACCAAACAAGCCUAACUCGGAGAGUGUUCCACUGCCAAAAGAUACUAAAUAUGAGCAUUUCAGCAAGGUGAAGAUGUCACCAAAAUCGCACCAAGAUUUUCAGGCCUCACGGAAAACCAAAGAGGAACGGCCACCUAGCACCUCGAGGUCGGAAGAUCACCAAGCAGCUAUCAAAGAAAUCUCAGGAAUUGACGAAAACUCUCCGUCCAUGAAAAUAAAAAGCAAUUUAUCUGAGGGUGACCAAAGUCCAAAGAAAGAGGACGAAAAGUCAACGAAACCUAAUCCAGUAAUUGAUGACAAAUUGACGUCCAGUAAACUAAAGAAUAGUUCUUCUGGAAGGGAACAAACUCCUGCAGAGGUGGACAAACAAUCAUCGAAAUCUCACCAAGUUGAAGUCUUAACGUCUCGCACUCCUCCCACUUCUCUUCUGACGACUUCAAACGACGAUAACACAUACAGCAUUAAACAGAUUGUGCAAGGACCAAGGGGCUCGAGUUAUGUUUACGGAAUCCACAACGAUGAUAAAGUUCAUAAUUUGGAGAAAAAGGUUUCGAGGCUGGAGAGCGAGGUUACAGUUUUGGAGACAGCGAUGGCAGACUUGGCGAAGCGCCUGCUGGUCGUAGAACAAAAGUCAGAAGUCCCUCAGCCAACAAUGCCGACCAUUAUCCACUCUUCCAUAAAAUCCGAGCCUGAAGAGAAGCAUCCAGCUCACAACCAGCAAACUAAUGUCUACAUUUCAAAAGACGAGGCUCCAAAACUACCAAAUCCCGAAAAGAUUGUCAUACCAAUUUCAUCUCUGUUCCCCGAAAGAUCAGGGCACGUAAGCAAACCUUCUCAUUUCAUUCAUGAGGAACAAGAAACCAAAGUUGACACUCACCUCGAGAAUGAAGAGCAGGUGAAGCCUCAAGAUAGUGCUCGGCUAAGUUUGCGUGGAGGGGCUCAAUCAUCGCCCUCCUCCGAGGCCCACGCGGUGGUGCGCCCCAUAGUGAACAUCAUAGUACCAAACAACAGAGCAGACUUGUUCCCUGAUGGAGUUUCACCAGCAUGCAUUCCAAGAUGUCAAAAUGGCGGAAGGUGCUUAGAAGGGAACUCUUGUAGAUGCCCGACCUUUUUCACAGGGGACCAUUGUGAGAGAUUUUCUCUCAAGGAUCUACUGGAGAGCCCUGAUCUCCGGGAGAGACCUUACAGAAAACUCCAACGAAUAGUCGUGUCAGAACCACCAGAUCGUCAGAUACUUGAUGGUACUCUAAACUUAGAUUCAGGCCCUCCAGCUGCUGUCGAAUACAGAGACAUAAGCCAGUAUAGAGACUUAAAUCAAGAUACUUUGCCCGCCAAAGAAUUUGUAGCCAAGCAACAGCGUACAGAGUCUACUUUACCUACCAAUGAUGCAGAAAUAGAUGGCGGUUCAAGAAGAAGACAACUUAUCCUCGAAAUUUAAAAAAAUCCUGUUAGGAUUUGAACUGAAAUUGAUGAUUGCAUCAAUCUGUUAAUCUCUUUGAAUGGUACCGCGGAAAUAUCCUUAGUCAUCACAAUUACUUAUGAGGGAACUCAGGCAAAACCACAGACACCGUCAUCGUCUCUCAUUAAAACUCAAAUCUGCCUUCACGGCGGCUUGCAAGGGAGCUGGCGCCAUUAGAGACAGCGAGACAAAUGCGAGCUAAUUUUGUAAUCGGCGUCACUCUGGUGAUUGCCUUAGUUCCCGAACAAAUAACAUUUUUUUAGAUACCGAAAAAAAAUAUAGUACGAGAAAAAGAGGGUCAUCCUAGCUAAGAUCACGCGAUCAUUCACAGAAAGUUAUAUCGUCUUCCAUUUCAUGUUUUCUUACACUUGGGAGAUCGUUUUACAUAUGAGUAUGAAUAAAUGUAAAUAGCGGUAGUUUGAAAGGUAAGUAGAUUGUAGGAGGAAAAAUGAGGCACUAACACAGUGCAGCGAAAUGCAAUAGGUUUUCUGUCCGCGACAAGCUCGGAUUUUCCUUUUUUUAAAUAUGAAUAUUUGAACCGAAUGAGAAACAACACUAACAUUACAAAAGUACGAAACGGGAUAAAAAAAAAAGCUAUACAAAUAUGAAACUAAAUAAGUACUUUUGACCAUUUUCUGAAGAUGUGAACCCCUGAUAGAGAAGUGUCUAUUCUCAAAUUUGAAAAUAAGAAGGGGCCUAACGUCAUGGGACACGUGCAACGGGUGUGGCCAAUCACAAAAUUUCCAGGUUUGAUGGAGGGUUUGUUAAUGUUUAGUUGCAGGUGUGAUUGCUCAUUGAAGCUACAUCAAAAAACUUUUAGCCAUUUUACGAGGUAUUUUACGAGGCAAGGUACGAGGUUUUGGAAAAACAUGAAAGAAACCAGAAAAAUAUUAGUUUGGUAUGAGAGAAAAACUUUAAAAAGUGAAGGAAAAACCAACGAUAAACGAUGGUGACCAAGGAUGAUGAAGAUUUGCAAUGAUUGCAAAUGAGGAAUUUUAAACUUGAGGCUUAACUUUUGAGUUGCAAAAGCUGCGACGUAACUUCUUCCAGCCCCCUUAUGCGAUCCUAAUGUAAAACAAAUAGAUAAAAAACCAUGUCAGAAGCCCAUUACUUGGGCUCCUGACCAUGUAAAUAUGGCAUUUUGGUACAAGUAGCGUGAUAGUGACCUC